AUUCGCGUUUUGUGUUUUCGUCAGGUCUUAAACUUAUACGUUACUUCAAAUCGAUAUUAGAUACUUUUUUGGAACUCAUACGGAUCUUAAUUUAGUUUACGACCCCUACUUAAAACGACUUCCUUGUUGAUGGACAAGCAUCCGCAAGAUCACCCGAGCUGUCAACGUGACAACAGACGACAGAUUUAUUUUACGCAAAUCCUCAUGAGGAGAGACAUAAGAUACACAUCCUUUCCUCAGAAGAGAAUUUGAAUAUGUUCCUGUACCCAAACGGAGCUCCUGUUUACAAUGAUACAGCCCAACGGCAAGAGUAGUUUUGAAAUUCAUGUGUACAGACUAAAAGCAACCACAUAUAUAUACACACUUUGUAUGUAAAUUGUUAAGUAGAUGCCAUGACUCAUCCUAAUUAUGACCCAAAAACUUACCGCAGACCAGCUGUCAAAUCAGCAGCUUCGUCCCAUGAUGGGGACUACUGGACGGUUGACAAACCUAACAGAGGUGGUGCCCUCUGUAGGCCAAAGACGGAAACACAGUUUAAGCCAUCAUACAGUGUAGACUGGGAGAUUUUCUGUCCCAUUGGUCCUCAACUGGCAUUUCAUGUUGGAUGUGCUGUGGGGGACACACUUUACCUACAUGGAGGUGUAAGUUCCUUUGGUUCUCUGACCCCGUCAAACAAACUAUACAGCCUCAAUAUCAACUCCAUGAUAUGGAAUGAGGUCAGGGUGGAAGGAGGCCCAGCUCUGAGUCAUCAUGCUUGCAUUACUUUGGACGACAGAUUCUUACUUCUUAUUGGUGGAUGGAACGGUAAGGGCAGGACAUCAUCCGUAAUUGCUUUCGACACGGAACAGAAAGUCUGGUUGUAUCCGAAAGUUUCCGGAUUUCCGGAAGAUGCUGGCCUCAGCUCGCAUACUGCCUCUCUUUUGAGUGAUGGAAAGAUUUUGGUGUUAGGGAGGGAAGGAACCCUUAGAAGUCAACGGAAGGAUCGCCUCAGUGGCAAUGCGUAUAUGCUGUCAGGGAGUCUAGCUGUUGGUGAAUUCGUUUUCACCGAGUAUAGUCAUAACACUGAAUCUCGAUCUGGACAUACAACUUGCUUCAUUGGACCAAAGUUAUAUAUAAUGGGUGGUCGAAACGAUAACUUCCUGGAAGUCCACAGCGGCUACAAAAGUGGAAAAUAUGAUAGCGACAAAGAAGCAAUUGAUACCGUUGUCAAGGUGGCAAAGACUCUUAAACCCAUGGCAAAACUUCCUCAUGGGAGAAGACACCAUGUGGCUCUCGAAGGCUCAAAAGGAGUAUUGAUCCAUGGAGGGGAAAAAUUUGACGGACCUCCGAAUAGACACCCUGCUGGAGAAAUGUACAUCAUGACGGACAGUAAACUUUCUGGCGUAAAUUUUUACCUGCUUGGUGUGAGCCGAGAAGGCAGGGCAGGGCAUGUGAUGUGUGUGUGUAGAAAUCAGAUCCUUUUACACGGUGGGCUUGGCGAUCGUAGGCUAGUUCAUGGCGACACCAGAGUACUCCGUGUCAGCUGAUGAACCAUGUAACUUAGUUUUAUACAAUAGGGCUGCAAUGAUAUAUCGUGUGACAAUACGGUAUGAUACACAAUAUGUUUUGGGAGGUCACCAUUCUCCUACGAUAUUUUUCAAAUUUUGGCGUUUCUGAAUUUAGUCUACUUGUAUACCUUCCAAAAUGGCGAGUGACAGCUCCAGCUCGGCUUGCACGCCGCAAGACAUGAAUUGUGUGAAACUAAAGUCAUGCCCAUUUUGGACCAAGUCUAUUUCCAGUUGUAGUAUUGCCAUUGGCAUUGAAAAUUUGCAACAUAUCUUUUUCGCUUUAUUUCUGCUGUUACUAUAUAUGUAUUGUGAUACAUAUUGUAUCGUGACCACAGUAUCUUGAUACGUAUUGUAUCGUCAUGUUAAUGUAUCGUUGCAGCCCUGUUAUAUAAACCUCCCAUCAGAUUGUAAUCUUUUUGGGCCUGUAUUUAUGAAACAGUUCUCAUGCUCAAACUCAGAUUUGGUACUCAAGCCUAAAGUAUUGUAAUGAUCUAUUCAGGCCUGUAUUCAUGAAACAGUUCUCAUGCUCAAACUCUGAUUUUGUACUCAAGCCCAAAGUAUUGUAACAAUCUAUUCAGGCCUGUAUUCAUGAAACAGUUCUCAUGCUCAAACUCUGAUUUGGUGCUCAAGCCCAAUUUCUAAUUCUUGUGAUAAUUAUAUAUAAAGUAAUAUAAACUUACAUGUUGUCAAUGACUUGGGAAGAAUUUUUAAGAGACUUAACCCUUUCACCACUGUAGACCAUAAUGGACUCAUUCAUAUCAAUGCAUGGUAGAGUCUAUUAUAAUUACAUAGGGGUGAAAGGGUUAAUAAACUUAUAGCCAGAUGGCAUUGUCAUUGUCUAGACUUGACAUUUUGACUACCGCGAUCACACGUUUUAUGCAAGUUGCAAGAAAGUUGGUUUGAGCACAGAAUCCAUGCUUGAGCAUGAGAACAGUUUCAUGAAUACAGGACCGAUGAAUUGGCUAACAGUGAAAGGAUUAGGAACUAUUCAGUUGAUGUAUCUCUCAAGAUUUGUAACAUUUCCCUGUUUUAAUACUACUGAACAGCAUUUGCUGUGUGAUGUGCCAUAUGAUAGUUGACAGAUUAUACUCUUUCACCCCUAGGUAACUUUAGUAGACUCUACCAUACAUUUAUCUGGGUGAGUCCAUUAAUGUGGUCGACUGUCAAUAAGGGUUAAGAGCAGUUCCAAAUUUAAAGUCCAUUGUGUAUCAAAUCAAAAUGAAAGUCACACCUCGUUCAUCUUGACAGUUUGGUUCAUGGAGUAAAUUAAUAUAUAUGACUUGCAUUUCUUUGAUAUCUAAUUAUGAGGUAUAUAGAGGGUGGCUAUCAUGUUUAUCUAAUUUGAGUUAAUUAAUUUUCAAAUUGUAUAAAGACACAAAGUUUACAGAGUGUCUUUUAACAGAUUAUUGACAGUCAUGACAUUGCUAUAUAAAUGUCAUCAUCAGGUAGUGCCUGAAUACAAAUAAUGUGUCUCUAGUACGAGAUGGUCACUGUAGGAAUACAAGAUUGACUAUUGAAAAUAAUUUUAAAGUACCAAAACAUAGAACUGUUUUUUAUUCCAGACACUUUUUUAUUGAUAGUAUUAACGACUGGAAUGUUUUACCCAGUGACCUAAAGAAAAUAGACAAUUUUACCACUUUCAAACGAAAACUUACUAAAUAUUGUAUAUCAAUGUCUUACAUUUUAACUUGUUUCUCCAUGUAACCAAAACUUGUUACUUUCUAAAUAGACUUCUUAUCUAAAUUAUAUUAAUAUUUUAGAUUAUGCUAUAUUAGCAUAUAACUAUGUCAAUUUUUAUUGUUUGCUAUAUUAGCAUGUAUGUAUAUUAGGCACAUGCCAUUUAAUUGAUGAAAUACCUUUGCACGAAACUUUAUGCAUUCUGUGAUACUCUAAACUAAGAUAACCGUGAUAUAACCUUAUAUAUGUCGAUUGCAUCAAUAUAUAUAUGUAACUUUGAACUAGCACAUGUAUUUUACUAGCAAGAUUACCAUGUUUAUUUAUAUAU